GAAGGGGAGAGAGACAGAAAGUGAAAUCACGACCAGGAAAAAAGUAGUAGUAAAAAAAAACCGAGAAAAGGAAAAAUAAGAUUGAGAAAAAAAAAACAGAAAAAAAAAGCGAUAGAAACUUCCAUGGCCGCUCUGCUUACCAUUGUUCUGGGCACUCUGAUUGACUAGCGUUUCCUCUGUUGUUACAAUUCCCUUGUAUUUAGGUGAAAAGCAUACAGAAAUGAAGAAGACAUGUUUUAGCAUCAUGCCAUUCUUUGUUCAGAGGUCAUUGCCAAAUUAGAGGAUUUUGAAAUUCCCAGUUUUCUUAUGCUCUUAUGUUUUCUUGUAAAGAGUCUUGGAUUCUAGCUAAUGGGUGCUCCUAAACAAAAGUGGACAGCAGAAGAAGAAGCAGCUCUAAAAGCUGGAGUACGCAAGCAUGGGUCUGGUAAGUGGCAAACAAUACUUAGAGAUCCAGAGUUCAGCAAUGUCCUAUGCUCCCGUUCAAAUGUGGAUCUCAAGGAUAAGUGGAGAAAUAUUAAUGUGACUUUGAGUGGCUUAGGAUCUAGAGAAAAAGCUAGGCUAGCACUUAAGAGGAAUCCACAAAUCCCCAAACUUGAUGACAAGCCUUCCGUGGUGAACCAUGUUAGGAGUGAUGAGGAUGCUGUUGAAGAUGAACUUGUUGGUACCCCUAGUGAGACAGUUCAGGUUGCUGAUUCGAAGAAAACAUAUACAAGGCUGGAUAACCUCAUAUUGGAGGCUAUAACAACUCUUCAGGAGCCGAAAGGUUCUGACAGGAAUGCAAUUGCCAUGUACAUAGAGGAGCGGUUUUGGGCACCUCCAAAUUUCAGUAAAUUAUUGUCUUCAAAAUUGAAGUUUAUGGCAUCAAAUGGCCAGUUGAUUAAGGUUAAGCACAGGUAUAGAAUAUCUGAGAGUUUACCUCCUUCUGAGACAAGAAAAGAUUUAUUGGAUAGUAAAUGCAAGGACCAUGCUAAGCCAGAAAGCAAGGAACUUAAAAUUUUUACGAGGUCAGAAGUUGUUGCAGAAUUGGGGAAAAUGAAGAGUUUGUCGUCUCAUGAAGCUGCCGCUGCAGCAGCUCGAGCAGUUGCUGAAGCAGAAGUUGCUAUUGUGGAAGCUGAGAAGGCUACAAGGGAGGCUGAGGCUGCAGAAGCUGAAGCAGAAGCUGCAAAAGUUUUUGCUGAGGCAGCAAUCAAAGCGUUAAAGUGUCAAAAUCUUCGUGCAUGGAGCCACUACACUUUGUUUCCAACACAAGCUGCAAUCUACUUUUGGCUGAUAACUCAUUCUAUUUUGCCCCUUCAGCUGACAUAUCACAUAUGUUGCUGACUGGCUCGUCAACUAAUGCUACUGUAAAUGCCUGGCGCACAGAACAAAUGGAUCAACUUCUAUGUUCCAAUGCACUGUAGUAUGCCAUUGUGUUCAUAAUUAUAGUUUAAAAUGCUUCAUCUCUUGUAAAUUUUUGGUACUGAUAUCCAUGUGUAGAAACAAUUUGCUCAGUUUCAGAACCUUCUCUUAUGGUUGAACCCAGAGUUUGAUAGGAUGUUUAUAGGUUUGGAAAAACGGAAUGAAAUGAGGAACAUAAAGUGCAAAGAGUUUCAAACUCCAAAUUGAAAAUCUUGUUUGUUUA